AUGGUGGGCUCUGAGCGGCCUGCAGGUGAGGCUCUGGCGGCUGUACAGGAGGCAGAGGUGCCUCCUGUGAAGGCGCCGUUGCAUUGCGGUGUAUAUACACCUCCCUGGGUGACCCCGAACCCCGGGGCAGCCCAAGCUCUCUCAGCUCCCCGCAGGCGGCUGUUGAGGCUGCUGCAGAAGCAGCUGCUGCUGCAGCUAGCAGCUAACAAACAAGGGGCAGAUAUAGACCCCCGGCGUAAGCCCCCCCACGCUGCAACCCCUGAGAGUAUCCUCGCCCGCUGGAUUGCUGCUGAUCCGAAGCGGCUGGUUGGUGGAGUGUUCGCUUUGGGGCUGCAUGCAGCCAGCACCUCUCCCUUGACCGGCAGCAAGCCCAGUGCCCCGCAGCAGCCUGCAUUUGGCUCCGCAACAAACCCCACGAGGGGCCGCGCUGCUGCUGCUGCUGCUUCUCCUGCUGCUGCUGCUGCUGCUGCUGCUGCUGCUGCUGCGUCGGACUCCGCUGGAGUGCCUUGUUGUCCGGCUGCAGAAGAGGGAGAGCCUGAGGGAUAUUCGGGCGGUGCAAAAGCAGCAGCAAAAACAGACACAACAGCAGCAGCAACAGCAGCAGCAGCAGCAGCAGCAGCAGCAGCAGCAGCAGCAGUUUCCGUCGAUGCAUUCGAGACAUCUACGACCUGCAGCACCACAAGCAGCACGACAGCGAGCACCAUCGACAACAGCAGCAGCAGCAGCAACAGCAACAGCAGCAGCGGUAGAAGCAGCCGCAGCAGUAGUAUAUUUUCUAAGAAAGCUGGUGGGGGCCCCCUGGGGGCCCCUGGGCGGUGUAUAGGGGCCCCGGCGGUGGCUGGUGAGGAGCGGCAUCAACGGCGUGAUAGAGAGGGUUCAGUAUCUUUACGUACGAGUUGUGUUUUAUGUUUAUCUCCUUUUUCUUCUGUUGGCGGCAGCUUUCUUUGUUCUGUUUGUCUCCUCUCUCUUAAAAACAACAGAAGACCCUGGGCGGCUGAAAGCAGAGGCAGAGGCAGAGGCAGGAGCAGCAACAAGCGCACCCUAGCAGCAGCUUACACCCCUCCUCCUCCUCCCCCCCAGAGAGCUGCGGGGGCUCACAGUACUGGGGGGGGGCUGCGCAGCACCCAGCGGCCCCCGCAGAGCCAGCCUGAGGUGUACGUACACCCCAACACACAACCACCGGAUAUGCGGCAACCUAAACGUCGUUUCAGGCGGCUUGCUUCUGCUGCUUCCGCUGCGCGGCAGAUGCCUCAUCAGCAGGAGCAGCUGCAGCAACAAGGGGAACCACAGCAACAGCAGCACCAGCAGCAGCAGCAGCAGCAGCAGCAACAGCAGCAGCAGCAACAGCAGCAGGAGAGCUGCGCAGGUUCUCCUGGUUGGUGUACUGAGUCGAAUGAUGUAAUUGGAUGGCGGGCGCGUGCAGCAGCAGCAGCAGCAGAAGCAGCAGAGGAUAGCAGCUGGUGGAGUAGCAGCACAGAGGGAGCAGCAGAACCCCCAGUGGUUCCUCCUUUGCUGCUGCCUCUUCUACCUUCUGUAUUCUGUCUGCAUGCACGGCCCUGGCCCCCUCCCCCUGUAAAAAGGCGGCGGCUUCUCUCGAGAAGGCGCAGAGGCAUCGACUGCUUCGUUCCCCCUGCACUGGCUGCGCAGCGACCGCCGUGGGGGUGGGGGCAGAGAGAAACACAAGCGCAGCAGGCUGUGCCCGCCAACACAGCAGCAGCUGCAGCAGCUGCAGCAGCAGCAGCAGCAGCAGCAGCAGGUACAGGCAUAGCUGCAGCGUCGUCGGUUUCUGCAGACUCACAAACACAUUCACAAGCAGCAGCAAAAGCUGCUGAUGCUGCUGCUGAACAGGCAGCAACAGAGGGAGAGUGUAUGGGGGCUGCAGCAGACAACGCCGCUGCUGUUCGCCGCAUAGCAUCUUCUUCUCCUCCCCCUCAUCGUUGCUGCCACUCCUGGCUUACCCCUGACACACACAAAGCAGCAGCAGCAGCAGCAACAGAUACAAGUGCUGGCGGCGUCAAGAGCUUCUGCUGCUGCUCCCCUGCUGCCUCUCCCCAGGGCCCACCCCCUUCUACUGCUGCUGCUGCAGCAGCAGCUUCUGCUGCUGCUGCUGCUUGUGCUGCAGCUGCUGUAAGGGAUAUGGCAGCAGCAGCAGCUGCUGCUGCUACCUUCACGGGGCAGCAGAAACACGAACAGCAAACGCCGCCGUCGAGGUUUCGGCAAAGAUCCUGGAGCGCAGAGUCCAGUAGCAGUGCUGCAGCAACCACUGGACCACCAGCAACGACGACGGCAGCAACAGCAACAGCAACAGCAACGGCUACGGCUGCAGCUGCAGCAGCGGCAGCGGCAGCGACAGCGACAGCAGCAGCAGACGGAUCGGCAGCUAGCCGGCAAUCGAGCUGCUGCAAAUGCAGCACGAACGAAUCAGCAGCAGCAGCAACAGCAGCAGCAGCAGCAGCGGAAACGCUUGCUGCAGUGGGACAUCCUCCUAGCGCAGCAGGAGAGAUCCUGCAUAGAGCAACAGCAGCAGCAUCCUCCUCCUCCUCCUCUUCUUGCAUAUCUGGGGUUUCUGGUUCUGUUCCUUCUCUUUCUUUAUCAUCUGAGAAAGCAGAUGGUGUUUUGUCUACAUCGCAUAUGGCGGCAGACGAGGGUUUGCAUGAGGGUGAAGAGGAUGGCGAGGGUUUAGCUAGGAGUGAAGCAGAUGGGGGAGUAUACAAGGGUACUAUAGACGAGAAGGGUUUAGAAAAUAGUAUAGAAAAGGGAUCACAGAGAAAGGGUUUCAGCAAGGGUUCAGGCAGGUUUGCUGGUUGGUGGUUCCUCUUUGGGUAG